GUCCUCGCAGCACGUACCGGCGAACGAUUCCCCCGAGCCCCUGGCGUAGUGUUAGAGCUGCACAACUGGGGCCAAUAGUAUACCUAUAUUAUCACCCACAGCAAUAGCGGCUCGUAGUCGAUGACGUCGGACAGAACCCGGUUGCCCCUCGGACCGUUCGGAAAUCUCGGCCUCGUCAGCUACGUCAGUGUGCAUCAUACCUCGGUCAACACUUUGUCAUCCUACUUAAUACGUACGGUAGAGCACUCGGGGCCUCGCCGACCUCCUUCGAUUCUCCGUCCCGCGCCGACCUGAAAUCGUAGUCUAGAUUCCAAGGCCAGCCUGCGAGCAGCUCUAACACACUUGCUCGUCCCCCAGCUAGCAAGCCGGUCGCACAAUGCCACCCUCGAACACGAAGCAGUGGUAUCUGCCGGGGAAGGGGACAGGCUUCGACAGCCUGGCGUUUAUCGACGCCCCGGUCCCAAAGGUGGGAGAGAACGAGGUCCUGGUAAAGCUGCACGCCGCGUCGUUGAAUUUCCGAGACCUCGCCAUAGCGACAGGCCUCUAUCCCCUCCCGACCAAGACGCCCGUCGUCGUCGGAUCCGACGGUGCCGGCGAGGUUGUCGAGGUGGGGUCCAGAGUCUCCAGGUGGAAGAAGGGCGACAAGGUAGUCACGCUGUUCAGCCAGGGCCACCAGUUCGGCGAUGUCGACAGCGUAGCUACCAUGACCGGCCUCGGCGGCAUGCUCGACGGCGCGCUGCGCCAGUACGGAGUCUUCAACGAGUCGGGGCUGGUUCGCGCCCCCAAGAACCUCAGCCUGGUGGAGGCGAGCACCCUGUCUUGCGCCGCCCUGACGAGCUGGAAUGCACUUUACGGGCUGAAGCCGUUGAAGCCGGGAGGGACGGUUCUGGUGCAGGGUACCGGCGGUGUUAGCGUGUUCGGGCUUCAGUUUGCGAAAGCCGCGGGGGCUACCGUUAUUGCCACCACCUCCACCAACGAGAAGGCAGCCGUGUUGAAGAAGCUCGGCGCCGACCACGUUAUCAACUACAAGGAGGACCCCAAUUGGGGCGAGACGGCCAAGAAGCUUACGAGGAACGGUGUGGGUGUGGACCAUAUCAUCGAAAUCGGCGGUGCCGGCACCCUCGAGCAAAGCCUCAAAGCCAUCAAGCUCGAAGGCGUCAUCAGCAUCAUCGGCUUCGUCGCCGGUCUAGAGGUCAAGGCAAGUCUGAUAGAGUGCCUUAACCAUUGUUGUAUUGCCCGCGGAGUGUAUGUUGGGUCGAGGGCACUCAUGGAGGACAUGCUGGCCGCCAUCGAAGCCAACGACAUCCACCCGGUCGUCGACCCGAGGGUCUUUAGCUUCGAAGAUGCGAGGGAGGCCUACGAGUACAUGGGGGGCAUGAAGCACUUCGGAAAGGUCGUGAUCAAGAUAGAAUGAUCGGAAGGCCGAGCAGCCCGAUGAUACACAACCGGCCAGCGGAUGCCGAAUGAGGGUGCUCGCGUCGACACGCUUACUGACGGCG